AUGUCUAUUCCCACGCCGCAGAGGGACUCGGUGCAGGAGGCGGUAGAGGAGGGGCCGAGCCGAUAUGCUGCGUUUGCCAUGCGUCUGAGGACGCUCAUCACUGCCUCCAGUCGAUACAUCGCCUACUCUUCCGACAUUGGCGAGGCUUUCCGCCCAUUGACGAAUCCCAACUUUGUGCGCGCCGCCUACGGCAUCUCUUGGACGUACAUCCUCGGAGAUGUCGGCUACGCCGGCUAUCGGGCCAACCAAGAGUACCUCCAGAUCGAGGAGAAGGGCGUCGAUGCCCUCUCGCCUGCGCAAAAGGCCGAACUGAGAAAGCGCCAGCUCGAGGCCGAGCAGCAGGGACUUGCAACACCCAAGCUUGGCGAAGUGGGCCAAGCCACCCAUGUCGGCCUGAUCAUGGCGAGAAGAGCCGUCUUUCAGAGCAUUGCCAGCAUGGCCCUUCCUGCUUUCACCAUUCACAGCAUCGUGCGGUAUUCUGCGCCCAUCUUUGCCAAGGCAAAGAGCCAACGACUUCGAGGCGCAGGCCCUACCGUGGCUGGUCUGGCCUUCGUGCCCGCCCUUCCCUAUCUGUUCGACAAGCCCGUCGAGCAUGUCAUCGACACGGCAUUCGAUUGGAUUGAGGACCGGCUCCCUCGAUCGGCCAGCAGCGGCGACAAAGAGAAGAAGGAGAAGAAAGAGUAGGUGUCUGCGGACCCGUCUCCCCCCCACAGACCAUUGCUCUCUACUGGAUGUCCUUCGUGCGUGCAAGCAAUGUCAU